UUGGUCAUUCCACAGAGCAUUAACUUCUCGAGGCUGUGGAUCUCGCGUAGUAUCGCGAUAUUUGAGCAGGACCUAUUUGAUUUAAACAGAGCAGUGCCGUCAGUUCACACUCGUUCAUUGACAGAGAGACAUCGAUUACACUUGAAGCAGAAAAUGGCAGCUGGAAAUGCACACAUUGGCAAACCUGCUCCAGGAUUCACAGCCAAAGCUGUGAUGCCAGAUGGACAGUUUAAAGAUCUCAGUUUGUCUGACUACAAAGGGAAGUAUGUCGUGUUAUUCUUCUAUCCACUGGAUUUCACCUUCGUCUGCCCCACCGAGAUCAUCGCCUUCAGUGAUGCAGUCGAGGAGUUCAGGAAGAUCAACUGUGAGGUCAUCGGUGCCUCUGUUGAUUCCCACUUCUGUCAUCUUGCCUGGAUAAACACCCCUCGGAAACAAGGCGGUUUAGGGCACAUGAAAGUCCCUCUGGUGGCAGACUCCCUCCGCUCCAUAUCUCAAGACUAUGGUGUACUGAAGGAAGAUGAGGGUAUUGCAUACAGAGGACUUUUCAUCAUUGAUGACAAGGGCAUUCUGAGGCAGAUAACCAUCAAUGAUCUGCCAGUGGGCCGCUCCAUUGAUGAAACCCUGCGCUUGGUGCAGGCUUUUCAGUUCACCGACAAACAUGGAGAAGUUUGCCCAGCCGGAUGGAAGCCCGGAAAAGACACAAUUAAGCCGGACGUCCAGCAGAGCAAAGAUUACUUCUCCAAACAACAUUAAAAAAUACACUAGACUGUGCAGCAUUGUGUAAUGAGCUUGUACUACGACUGUUAACAUGAAGUAUUGCUACUAGCAUGUAGGAGUGUUAAUGAAACUACCUGAAAUCUAUUGUAACUCUUGAGUUAGCAUGUGUAGUGUCUUUCGGACCUUUUUGUUGUGAAAAUCUGUUGUAGAGUGGGGAACAGCUUAUUGUUUUGUCACAAAUUCCUGCAUUUCAAACAAUAAAACCAUUUUUUUAACAAUAAA